UCCGCACCCAGUCCCUACCCGCAAGUCCCGGGCUGGGGCGGGGCCGGCCGGUGAGUCAGCGACUCCCGCCCCGUCGGGAGGGGCCGGAGCGCGGCGCCGGGCGUCGGGUGCGCAGGGCAGGUGCGGAGGCCGCGUCCGUCCGUCCGUCUGUCUGUCGGUGCGGCGCGCGGGUCUCGGCGGACUCGCGCUGGGCGCUAGCGGGGCGCCCCGGCCCGCAGCAGGAGCCCCAGCGGAGCCCCGCCUCCCGCCGCCCCUCCCAGCCCCCGGCGCGGCGCUUCCUGGUCCGACGCAGCCAUGGCCGAGGAGCAGCCCCAGGUCGAGCUGUUCGUGAAGGCUGGCAGUGAUGGGGCCAAGAUCGGGAACUGCCCCUUCUCCCAGAGACUGUUCAUGGUGCUUUGGCUCAAGGGAGUCACCUUCAACGUCACCACCGUUGACACCAAGAGGCGCACAGAGACGGUGCAGAAGCUGUGCCCAGGAGGGCAGCUCCCAUUCCUGCUGUAUGGCACGGAAGUCCACACAGACACCAACAAGAUUGAGGAGUUUCUGGAGGCCAUGCUGUGCCCUCCCAGGUACCCCAAGCUGGCAGCUCUGAACCCUGAGUCCAACACAGCAGGGCUGGACGUAUUUGCCAAAUUUUCUGCCUACAUCAAGAAUUCAAACCCAGCGCUCAAUGAUAAUCUGGAGAAGGGGCUCCUAAAAGCCCUGAAGGUUUUAGACAACUACUUGGUAUCCCCACUCCCAGAAGAAGUGGAUGAAACCAGUGCGGAAGAUGAGGGCAUCUCUCGGAGGAAGUUUCUGGAUGGCAAUGAGCUCACCCUGGCUGACUGCAACCUGUUGCCAAAGCUGCACAUAGUACAGGUGGUCUGUAAGAAGUACAGGGGCUUCACCAUCCCAGAGGCCUUUCAGGGAGUGCAUCGGUACUUAAGCAACGCUUACGCCCGGGAAGAAUUUGCCUCCACCUGUCCAGAUGAUGAGGAGAUCGAGUUGGCCUAUGAGCAAGUGGCCAAGGCCCUCAAAUAAGGUGGUGUGGAGUGAGGGCUCCCUCACCCACCUCCCUCCAUGUUCUUACAGAGGCCCUGGCAGGGACACACUCCACAAUGGCCGGUGGGCUGAACCUCCUGGGCACUUGUGCAGCGUGGGUGGGUGGGUAACUGGGGAAGGGAAGGGAAGAUGGGGGGGUAAGAUUUUUAUUGUGGGGCGGGUGGGUAGGACAAGUAUUUCAGUAAUAAAAUACAGAAUGAAA